GAUAUGAAGGGGUGGAGGGCCCAUCAUUGAGAUACUGACAAAGGAUACCCAUUUGACAACCCAGAACUGUCAACUGACUCAAGACCAGCAGAGAGCCCAGAGUGAACUCUAUCUUUACCUUUCUUACAAAUGGGACUUGUGAUGUGUGUGAUAAAUAGAAGGGGAAAAUAUAACAACCAAACUGUUCUGACAUCACUUCUGCCUGAAACACCCGACUGCCAGAGUUCAUUAAGUGCAUUGUGCACCCAAGGUAAAGUUCAGUGCUCUAAUAUUAGGGCAAUGGUAAACUAUUAGAGAUCAUCUGUAAGUCAGAGAAAUUCAGCCUUAACACACAGGUAUGCCUCUUGUAUGCUGUGCUUGUAUGCUUGUAUAUGUAUUUUGUCAUCAUGUUUUCUUCAUGUCAGUAUAUAGCCUUAUAGCAAAGAUGUUAGGGAACAUCAUUGAUUGGAACAUAUUUAAAUAACAAAACUCUAACUGCCUAAGUAUGUCUUACAUAAGCAACAUCUGUUAUUUUUACAAUAUACUAUGUAGUAUGUAAUUAUAUGCUAUCAUACAAAGAUUAGAUUUCUUAAAGGUGGGGUAAGCCUUUGUAAUUCUGGAGAAAUCCAACACUAUGACAAAUGCCAUGAUAUAGAGUGAACAAUGAGACAGGAAGUAAUAUAAUCUAAGUUGCUGCUGCAAAGCUAACAUGCAUAGAGGACGAGAUGGUCCCAAAGCCAGCACACCAGCUCCAGACAUUGAUACUCACAACUCUCUGCUACUAUAGCUAACAUCACAAUAAUAGCAUGUCUUGGCAAACUAAAAAGUAAGUUGACGCACAAAUCAUGGCUGGAAUAGUUUGGUGUGACUUAGUCCAAGCCAUUUUGUUUCAAAUUUACAGAGCCAAGACUGUGUAUAAGCAAUGGAUUGUUUUUCUGCAUAGUCUACUUUUAAAUGAAAUGUAAUAAAAUGAUGACUCAUUUCACUACUGAGGAUCCAGCUUAAACUAGUACCACAGUGCAUACAUUGAUUCACACCCACAUAGACAAAAGUUAUUUCAGUGGUUAACUGAGGUAAAAUAUUUACCAAUUUCACCUGUAAUCCAGCAGCCCCUUGGAUUCUGAAACGUCAAAGGUUGCUUUGUCCAGGUUUGAGAGUCGGAUUUGCUGUCUACUUCUUUUUGGUGUACAGGCAUGAGCAAAUGAAGAGGGAUUUUAUUUUUUUAUUUCAAAGGAAGACAUUUUACAUACAGUGAGAGGCCACAAUGAGGUUUGAGAACAUCCUUGCCGAUAUAAACGGAUUUGGAAGAUUUCAGAUAAUGAUCAUUGUAAUCAGCUUCAUUGGCCGCUUCACACUGCCAUGCCACUUCAUGCUAAACAACUUCAUAGCGGCUGUUCCGUCGCACCACUGUGACAUCAGCUCUCUGGAUGACGGAGGUGUUUUUAGAAAUUUAUCCCAGGCAGAGAGGCUUGUGGUUAGUAUUCCACUCCAGGAGGAUGGGACACCAAACUCCUGUCAGAUGUUUGCAGAGCCUCAGUAUCAUCUGCUGCUCAACUCCUCCAGCAUUACUGAACUACCCACGGUGCCGUGCCGGACUGGAUGGGUGUACGAUAACACCACCUUCAAGUCUACUCUGACCUCACAGUGGGACCUGGUGUGUGAUAGAAGAGGGAAAAACAAAGCAACUGCUACUAUCUUCUUUGUUGGAGUGAUGUUUGGAGCCAUGUCCUUUGGAAGUCUCAGUGACAGGUAUGGCCGAAGGAUCAUGCUGCUGGUGUCGUAUGUGUCUGCAAUGAUCUUUGCUUUUGCAAGUGCUUUUUCUACAUCCUACGUGAUGUUUGCAGUGCUGAGGUUCUUCACUGGGUUUUGCAUCACUGGCAUCGUCAUUGUCUCAACAGUCCUCAGUGUGGAGUGGGUGGACAUAGAGCAUAGGAAACUGGUGGGAGUGAUCGACAGCUUGUCUUGGACAUUUGGGAACACAGUAUUCGCUGCUAUUGGUUAUUUUGUGACUGAUUGGCGGUGGCUAAUUGUUAGCGUCUCCUCACCUCUAGCCUUCGCCAUCAUCACCUGGAGGUGGAUGCCAGAGUCGGCAAGGUGGCUCAUUGCCAAUGGAAAGCUGGAGCAAGCUCAGAUGUAUUUGAAAAAAUGUGCCAAGAUGAACCAAACAGAGGAGUUAAUUCAUACACUUAAAACAGAGACACUAUCCACUAUUGUGACUGAGAAAAGAGAUCGUGCCUAUUCCUACCUUGAUCUGAUACGAACACCCAAAAUGAGGAAACUUGCCCUAUGUACUGGUAUAUUGUGGUUUUGUGUGGCAACUUCAUUUUAUGGCAUCAGCUUCAACAUCACAGGCUUUGGGCUCAAUAUCUAUCUCACUCAGUUCACCUAUGCUUUAAUUGAGCUCCCGGCCAAAGUAACAGUUUACUACUUACUGGAUAAGAUUGGCAGGCGAGGCACUGAGGUGGGAGCUAUGCUAAUGGCUGGCGUCUGUCUUGGAAUCAACAUUGUAGUACCUACAGAUAUGCCUGUAGUCAGAACAGUGGUAGCAGUCAUUGGAAAAGGGUUUUCUUCAGCAUCCUUUGCAACUGUUGUGCUCUACAGUUCUGAGCUCUACCCCACUGUAGUAAGGCAGAAUGGUAUGGGCUACAACUCCUUCAUGGCUCGACUUGGUGUCGCUGUGGCCCCUUUGAUCCUCUUACUGGAUGAGGUGUGGAAGAACCUUCCCCAGCUUGUCCUGUGCUCUGCGGCUAUACUAGGGGGAGUAGUCGCAAGAACGUUGUCAGAGACACGCAAUAGGUGCCUGCCAGAGACCAUAGAGGAUAUUGAAAAGCAGUGGUAGUGAACAGUCAUCAGUCUUUCCCAAACUUAAAAUCGCGUUUUAUGGGGUCGCCAAUUGGCACAGUAAAAUGCUAUAUAGUGCUUAAUUUAUAAAUCGGGAGGUCCUGGCACACAGAGAGGCUGCUGCUCAGGGUGAGAGAAAAGUCACUGUAUCAAAAAUCCACACUGCCUGAAGCACGUUGUAGCCUACAACGUCGAGGUACUAAACGUUAAAACUAAGCGAAACUGUCAUCACAAACAAAGCAUUAUUUAUUUACGUUUAUUAAUCAGCACAUUCACAAUAAUAACUCGAAUUUAGCAGGGGGAGGCACUCAGAAACAGCUGUUUAAGGUUUGCAUCUCUCUCUUCCCCAUUGUUUCCCUAGAUUCUGCUAUAAUGGGGGAGGGGAUGAAAUUAGGGCCUAAACUAUCAAAACUGGAGAUUUUGAUAGUGACAAAGGAGGUGCCGGAUCCAGUCAAAUAGAUUCUGGUCCUAAUCUGGGAGGUCCUGUCCUGUCAGGAUUACAUUAAAACUCAAGAAAUUAUUAAAUUUAUUUCAACUUUUACAAGUAGGCUUCGAUGUUACCUACUUUAUAUACUUGACCCCACUCCCAACUCCAGCUGACAUAGUGAGUUUAUUGCCUUACUGCUUCUAUGCCUUAAGUUUUCCUUGCAAGUUUGUUGUGAGGAACUUUAUACUCUGCAAGUUUGAUUUUAGCACUGAUGUACUUUUAUAAUGAAAAAAAUAAAUUUCAUACUAGAUUCA